UAUUAGAUCAGACACUGAACUGAUAAAGGAAAUGCUCCACAUGUUUUUGUUGUUCUGUUUGUGCUGGUGGAGUCUGACUGGUGUGUUUGGUGAGUCGGUGUCAGUGAUGGAGAGAGAUUCAGUCACUCUAAACACUGAUGUUACUAAAAUACAUGAAGAUGAUGAAAUCAUGUGGAAUUUUGAAUCUGAAAACUCUCUGAUUGCUCAGAUAAACAGAGCUGUUGGAAUCUUCUUUACAUAUAAUGAUGGGAGAUUCAGAGACAGACUGAAGCUGGACAAUCAAACCGGGUCUCUGACAAUCACAAACAUCACAACUGAAAAUGCUGGACUCUAUCAACUAGAGAUAAUUGCAGCUGAAUUGUCAUCAAAAUCAUUCAGUGUUUCUGUCUACGCUCGUCUGCCUGUUCCUGUUAUCAGCAGUAACUCUUCACAAUGUUCUUCAUCAUCACAGCAGAAUUGUUCAUUGUUGUGUUCAGUGGUGAAUGUGAGUGAUGUGAGUCUCUCCUGGUACAAAGGAAACAGUUUAUUGUCCAGCAUCAGUGUGUCUGAUCUCAGCAUCAGUCUCUCUCUACCUCUGGAGGUGGAAUAUCAGGAUAAAAACACCUACAGCUGUGUGAUCAACAAUCCCAUCAGCAACAAGACCACACAUCUGGACAUCAACAAACUCUGUCACACAUGUGCAGCAGUGGACCCACAACAAGACUCACUUCUAAAAGUGCUGAUCUUUGCUGCAACCGGAUCUCUAUUGAUUGUCACAGCAGCCGGGAUUUUCUGGAUCUACAGGAAAUGUAGAAAAACUGAACAAGAAGGCAAGUGUUAUCUACUGCUUUUAAGAAAGAAUUGGAAUUAAUGUAUUGGGUUUGGUGAUUUCUGUGGAUUACUUUCAUAUCACAGUAUACAUGUAUGUGUA